CCCAAAAUAAAAGAAGACAUUGUAAAUCCAAAACCCUAAAGAAGCAGAACCUAGGGUUUCACUAUAAAUAUAUCAUGAACUCCCCCGUCUUCUCUGUCCACCACGCCAGUCCUCCCCCACUUCGGCAGCUCCCAUCCAAAACCGUAAAUAUAACAGGGAAGGAAGAAGAAGAAGAGAGGAUUUGAAAUGGCGACAGUACCAGGACAACUGAUAUGGGAGAUAGUUAAGAAGAAUAACUCAUUUUUGGUGAAGCAGUUUGGAAGAGGAACUGCUAGCCUUCAGUUUAGCAAAGAAAACAACAAUCUCUACAACCUUAACUCUUACAAGCAUUCUGGGUUGGCAAACAAGAAAACUGUCACUAUUCAGCCUGCGGACAAGGAUCAAGCUGUGGUUCUUGCUACAACCAAGACCAAGAAGCAGAACAAACCUGCAGCUUUGCUUCACAAGUCUGUCAUGAAGAAGGAGUUCAGCCGCAUGGCCAAGGCUGUGGAAAACCAGGUUGCAGAUAACAACUACAGGCCUGAUCUGAAGAGAGCAGCCCUUGCAAGGUUGAGUGUGGUGCACAGGAGUCUGAAGGUAUCCAAGUCUGGUGUCAAGAAGAGGAAUAGACAAGCUUUGAAGAAAUGAUUUGAGAGUCCAAUAAAUAAGCGAUGUUGUGCUGGACAAUUGACACCAAAAUCUUUAUUUUUGAUGACCUUUUUCUUGGGUGCUCUGGGAUGUUUAUUUAAGUUUUAGAUGUUGAAACUAUAGAGAUUUGUGAUUUUUCCAUGAUAAUUUCGUUUGCAGUUUUGGAUGGUU